CGGCCCCAGCGACGGCUGGGCCCGAGGUGUGAAGAGGCCUCCACCAACGGUCACGGCGACGGCGAAGCCUCGGAGCUCGCAGGGCGGGGGCAAAGCCCGUGCCGUGGGGAUGGAGAAUUCCCAGUUGUGUAAGCUCUUCAUCGGCGGCCUCAACGUGCAGACGAGUGAGUCGGGCUUGCGCGGCCACUUUGAGGCCUUCGGGACCUUGACGGACUGCGUGGUGGUGGUGAACCCCCAGACCAAGCGCUCCCGAUGCUUUGGCUUCGUGACCUACUCCAACGUGGAGGAGGCGGAUGCCGCCAUGGCCGCCUCGCCCCACGCUGUGGACGGCAACACGGUGGAGCUGAAGCGGGCCGUGUCCCGAGAGGACUCGGCCCGGCCCGGCGCCCACGCCAAGGUGAAGAAGCUCUUUGUCGGGGGCCUGAAGGGAGACGUGGCCGAGGACGACCUGAUCGAGCACUUCUCGCAGUUCGGCACCGUGGAGAAGGCGGAGAUCAUUGCUGACAAGCAGUCGGGCAAGAAGCGCGGCUUCGGCUUCGUGUAUUUUCAGAACCACGACGCGGCCGACAAGGCGGCGGUGGUCAAGUUCCAUCCGAUCCAGGGCCAUCGCGUGGAGGUGAAGAAGGCCGUCCCCAAGGAGGACAUCCACCCCGGCGGGGGCGGCGGCUCCCGGGCCUCCCGGGGCCGGGGCGGCCGGGGGCGUGGCGGGGGUCGAGACCAGAACGGCCUGGCCAAGGGCGGCGGUUACAACAGCUACGGGGGCUACGGCGGCGGGGGAGGCUACGGCGGCUACGGCGGGGGCGGCUCGUCGUACGGGGGCAACGACUACGGGAACGGCUUCGGCGGCUUCGGCAGCUACAGCCAGCACCAGUCCUCGUACGGGCCGGUGAAGAGCGGCGGCGGCUGGGGCGGCCGCAGUAACAGUGGACCGUACAGAGGCGGCUACGGGGGCGGGGGUGGCUACGGCGGCUCCUUCUGAGCGGGUGGCACCCCUGGCAGCGGCUCUAGGGACGGCUCUUCCGGACAGCCCGGGUGGGGUCAGCUCCUAAGUCCCUCACUUGUUCCACCGCCCUCCCCGUUUCGCCCUUGGGGGGCCUUUGUGGCUGCUCACCCUUGGGAGACCCCCGUUUGCCUGCCACCUCUCUCUCGCUGAAGACGGACUUGACCCCACAUACACAUUUUUGUGUUACAGUCAUUGAUGGACUCUAUUUUUUUAUUAUUACUUGGACUUUGGUCGUUUUUAUACUAGCAGAAUGUCUUGUUUUGA